AUGUAUUCGAUGUCGAAUCCCGGUCAGCACCAGCAGCAACACCCGCAGCAACACCAGCAACACCAUCAUCACCAGCAACAGCACCAACACCCACACCCACACCAGCAGCUCCCCCCGCCGCCAUCGCAACAACAACAGCAGCAACAACAGCAACAGGGCCCACCACAACCACCGUCCCUUAGUCGUGUCCCCUCCUCCUCCUCGCUCGCGCAACCUCCCCCUCCCCCUCCGCCUGGCAACAGCAACAACGGAAUGGUUAUGCAAAGUAUUCCCGCCCCACCGAAUAUCUCUUGCCGUGCAGAUGGCCGUAUCUGGAGCUUGGAAGUGAAGCAGCAGCCCAUCCGGGCUCGCAUGUGUGGUUUUGGCGACAAGGAUCGUCGACCAAUUACUCCCCCGCCAUGUGUCAGAUUGGUGGUGAAGGAUGAGGCGACAGGGAAGGAAGUUGACAUCAAUGAGGUCGAAACAUCGCACUACGUCCUCACGGUCGAUCUCUGGUCGGCCGAUGGCACCAGAGAAGUAAAUCUCGUCCGGCAUUCCGCCACCUCUCCUUCCAUCUCCGCCGCGACCUCCUCCUCCUACCCUCCGCCCCCUCCAACCCCCCCGCCCCAUCCACAUCCACAAGCUCAUCAUCCGCACCACUCGCAGCAGCAGCAGCACCCCGGAUAUGCGCAUUCGUCGAUGCACACCCAGAUCUCGUAUCCAGGGUACCCUCCUCCGCCACCGACCCCGCCAUCGCAGCUCCCGCAGCAAAAUUACUAUCAGCCACCGCCGCCCCAGCAGCAACAGCAACAACACUCCGGCGGUCCCGGCUACUACCCGAGCAUACAUGGCAGUCUUCCUGCGUCCGCACAGCAGCAGCAGCAGCAACAGCAGCAGCAACAGCCUCCGCCACAGCAGCAGACGCAACAGACCCCAUCGGGCAUGUUCACGCGCAACCUUAUCGGCAGCCUCACUGCUAGCGCCUUCAAGUUGACGGAUCCGGAUAACAAGAUCGGCGUCUGGUUCAUCCUGCAGGAUCUUUCGGUGCGGACGGAGGGUUCAUUCAGACUGAAGAUGAACUUCGUCAACGUUGGCCGAGGUGACGGAAAGCUCAACACCGGUGUUGCACCCGUGCUCGCUACCGCGUACUCUGACGUGUUCCAAGUCUACAGUGCGAAGAAGUUCCCUGGCGUGAUCGAGAGUACAGGAUUGAGCAAGUGCUUUGCCAUGCAGGGCAUCAAGAUCCCAAUCCGACGCGACAAGGGAGAUGGUCCGGAGAUGUAA